CUAUCCUUGUACACUCGCUUUUUUACACACUCCACUUUACAAAAGCAAAAGAAAAACAGCUAAAACAGCGUCGUUUCGAGGAUGAACAAAGCAGGCAGCUCCGGCGGAGGCCCAGGAUAUUCCCACAAAGACUGGCCGAAACACUUUCCACCAAUCCCGAGGAACCAGUUCCAGAAAAGCGGUAACCAGUCUGUGUACGAGGUGAAGGAGACGAAGACCGCACGCGUUGCUAGGAUAGACACGCCUGGUUGCACCGUGUCAAGCCUCACCUACUGGAUCGACGGCAGAAACCUCCACUUCUUCGCCGGCGAACCCGACAUGCCCGAGUACGGCUACGACGGACGCAAAUACGGAGGGACGAUGGUGUUCGAUCCAGUGGCUUACGAUAUGGAGAAAGCUAGGGCUAAGCUUGUCAACGGAGUCCUCUGGAUCACCGUUCCCAAGAUCCAGCGCGUGAAUGCCAAGGCGGUUACCAUCGAGAAGGUGCUGAACUUCAAGACCACAGUAGACGACAUGGUUUGAUGUGAGCCCGUACGUACGUCUUUUGUCUUUAUCUCCGUGUGUCGUGGCACUUGCCUCUCGUUAUGGUGUCUUGCUAGGGUUUAUGGUCUAGUACUCUUCUCUAUGACUUUUUUUUUUCAUUUCUGUUUUUUUUAAUAAAUGUGUCUCUGUGACGUGGACUUUGUUGCAUGUGGUUUGUGUUAAUCUUUUAUCGUUUAUGGUUAAGUGUGUGUUUUUCAA